CUGCAAAGACUCAUUUGCCAUAAAAUACUUUUAGUUCGAACGCGCUGGUUGACGGUUUUGGGGCCAAUCAAGUUUGCUUUGUCGGUGUUAAUAAUACUGUCAUUUAAAUACCGCUAUCGCUUAUAUUAGCCACAAUGGGCAACGUGGACGAUGACGGCGCUACCUUCCAGCAGAGCUAUGUCAAGUGCAGCAACGGCACUGUAAAGACUUCCACUCCAAUCAGCAAUGGACACAUUCCCAACCAACAUUUGUCUAAAUCGUGGCGAGAUGUGCAGCAGCCACAGCAACAGAAGGAGCCGCAAGAUGAUCACGAGGAGGAACUGCAGCAGCUGCUGCUAAACAAACAACUGAAAUUCUCUGCACCGGCAUACACCGAAAUCCGCACACGCUCUGGAGGCCUUAAUUUCAAGGGCGUCAGCGAAAGUAGCUAUCAUCCGGCAAAGCAGGCGGAGGCCAAUGGUUAUGUGAGCCAGACGGGCAGCUCCUGCGACAAGUUCAAGCCCAGUCGGGCAGAUGGCGUGCUGUCGGCGGAGCAGGAGCACUACCAGAAGACAUCCUUCGAGGAUGUGCCGCUGUACACGGCCUGUCUGACCUACCUGGGCUUCUAUCUGCUCAUGAUACUGGGCUAUAUCAACCAGCUGCUGUUCGUGCCCAAGGUGGCCACGGAGAAGGGCCGCGAGGGCUACGUGGCCCUCUACGAUGCCUUCGAGAGCUUCUACUCGCGCUAUGUGUAUCGUCGAGUGCGCGACUGCUGGAAUCGCCCCAUCUGUAGUGUGCCGGGCGACGAGCUGGUGCUGAAGGAUCGCGUCACAGACGACUACGGCUGGAGCUUCAGAUUUACGGGCACCGAGACGCGCUGCCUCAACUUGGGCUCCUACAAUUACCUAGGCUUUGCUGCCGCCACAGGACCCUGUGCGGAUGACUCAGAGAAUCGUGCGCGCCAGAAGGGUCUGGCCUACUGCAGUCCUCGCUCUGAGCUGGGCAAUACGCAGCUGCACAUCGACCUGGAGCGGCUGACAGCUCGCUACUGCGGCGUCGAGGAUGCCAUCGUCUUUGGCAUGGGCUUCGCCACGAACGCCCUCAACUUGCCAUCGCUCCUGGGCCCCGACUGCUUGGUGGUGAGUGACGAGAAGAAUCAUGCCUCCAUCAUCCUCGGCCUGCGUCUGUCGGGCGCUACGACUCGUGUGUUCAAGCACAACAGUAUGCGGGACUUGGAGCGAGUGCUGCGCAACGGCAUCUGCUAUGGCAAUCCGAAGAAGGGAGGCAAGCCGUGGGACAAGAUCAUGAUCCUUGUCGAGGGCAUCUUCAGCAUGGAAGGUUCCAUUGUGCGCCUGCCCGAGAUAAUUGCCCUGAAGAAGAAGUACAAGGCGUAUCUGUAUCUGGAUGAGGCGCACAGCAUUGGCUCCAUGGGUCCAACUGGACGCGGUGUGGUCGAGUACUUCGGCGCCGAUCCCAAGGAUGUGGACAUUCUGAUGGGCACGUUCACCAAGAGCUUCGGCAGUGCCGGCGGCUACAUAGCGGGCUCCAAGAAACUGAUUGACUUCUUGCGCACGAACAGUCACGCCCACUGCUAUGCCGGGUCCAUUUCGCCGCCUAUUGUGCAACAGAUCUACACCUCGAUGAGCAUUAUAAUGGGCGAGGAUAACACGGAUACGGGCCGCCAAAAGGUGCAGCAGCUGGCCAGGAAUACGCGCUACUUCCGCAGGCGCUUGGCCCAAAUGGGCGUCAUUACCUAUGGCCACGAGGAUUCGCCAGUCGUGCCCAUGCUGGUCUAUCUCUUCUCGAAGAUUGGCGCCGUCAUUCGCACGCUGACCACGCGCCACAUUGCCGUUGUUGGCGCCGGCUUUCCGGCCACACCCAUUAUGGAGGGUCGCAUUCGCUUCUGUUUGUCGGCCGCACACACCAAGGAACAGCUGGACUAUGCACUUGACGUCAUCGACGACGUUAGCGAGAACCUGGGCCUAAAGUACUCACGCAAGCCUCGGGAUCCCCAUCCGAUUGAGUACUAGGCUCGGCAGGCACGCUCGUAUAUGGAUACGUAAUACCCGCGCACACACACACGCAUAGCACGUUAAGCAGAAAGUUGGCCUCAGUUGUGUGAUCCAACACAAAUCGAGCUUAGGGCGACCAAUCGAGUUGUUGAUUAUGAUAUGGUACAGCUAUAUAUACAUAAAUAUAAUCGUCGUGUUGUUGCGGCUUUAUUUUUGACUAAUCCCCAAGGGACUCUGCCUGAACUAUUAUUGAAAAAGAAUCAAAUGAAAUGAAAUGAUACAGCGCAACAACAUGCUUAGCUUUAUAAUGAUAUAAUAAUAAUAAUAAUAUUACAAUAUUAUAAAUAAUGUGUAUUUAGCAUUUAAAUCAUCUGCGUAGUUGUUAUUGUAUUUUGUAAACUUUCGGACGUCUUCAGCUGCUGCACAUAUGUAUCUAUGUAUAUUUGUACAUAUAUACAUACAUAUUCUUGUCAUAAGUAAAUCAGAAAUGUAUUAUGAUCAUCAGGUUAUAGCUGUAGACAAUUGCGUCUAGUCAAAGCUAGGCAGAUCUUUACUAUACAUUUAUCAUUAUGUUCAGAUGUAACGUUAAUUCGCUUCUAAAGUUUCCAAUGCUAAGCUCAGAAAAAUG